GUAGGGGGGGGGAGGAAGAGGACUGGGGACUUCAAAUAAAAUCCCCCUUCGUCCGCAGCUCAGGAGGACCAGAAUGUCGACUGCCACACCGACGAAACUGGGUUGAACGACGGAUUUGUAUACGCGCGUAAUGCCGCCCAUACAGGAUGAACUACAGACAGCGUUAUGAGUGAAAUGAUGAGGGAACGGCACGUGCUUUCGGGGUGAAUUUUAAACCAGCUGUGCACCUCUCAAGGCACCAUGGAGAACUUUAACCUGCCUUCAUUCAUCGCACCUUGCAUGAGCGAUCGUUUCCAAGAGAUGUCCGUGCGUUUUCAAAGAACUUCCCACCCCUCCAUCGACUCUUAGGACAUGCUGUGUUUUACUCAGACCCCUCGCACGCACUUGAGAGACGUUUUCCACUAACAAACAGAAAUGCAGAGCCGUUGUGUAGCGAGAAGCUCGGCCGGUCUGUCCGCGGUGCGCUCCUGCCUGCUGCUGCUUUUCAUCCACAUGAGCGCACCGGUGGAUGCGAGGAGAGUGCGCGGCGGUCGGGCGCAAACUCGGCGGGUGCAGCAGCAGCAAGCUCCGGCGUACAGGGAGCGGGUGGAAGGACCAGAGAGCUUCCCUUUAGACUUCACAGCCGUGGAGGGCAACAUGGACAAUUUCAUGGUGCAGAUAAAGAACUUGGCGCAGUCACUGUACCCGUGCUCUGCGCAGAAACUGGACCAAGACAUGAAACUUCACUUUCUGAAGAAUGUGUCCGUGACUUGCAAUGACGGGUCACCUGCAGGGUACUACAUCAAGGAGUCCAAAGGCAGCAAGAGGUGGCUGCUGUUCUUAGAAGGUGGAUGGUACUGUUUCAACAGGCAGACCUGUGACAGCAGGUAUGAGACAAUGAGGAGACUGAUGAGCUCCACCAAGUGGCCACAAACCAGAAGAGGAACAGGAAUUCUGUCUCCUCAGCCGGAGGAAAACCCGCACUGGUGGAACGCCAACAUGGUGUUUAUCCCGUACUGCUCCAGCGAUGUGUGGAGCGGAGCCACCCCGAAGACAGAUCACAGCGACUACGCGUUCAUGGGAUCUCUGAUCAUUAAGGAGGUGGUGAACGAGCUGCUGACUAAAGGUCUGGACAAUGCCAAGGUUCUUCUUCUUGCAGGAAGCAGUGCUGGAGGUACGGGUGCCCUGCUGAACGUAGACCAUGUUGCUGAGCAGCUGGAGUCACAGGGCUACACAGGGGUGCAGGUCAGGGGCCUGGCUGACUCCGGAUGGUUCCUGGACAACAAACAGUACAAAUUAACAGACUGCCUGGACACCAUCAGCUGUGCCCCCAGUGAGGCCAUAAAGAGAGGCAUAAGGUACUGGGGUGGACUGGUACCAGAAAGCUGCAGACAGGCCCACGUUGGAGAGGAGUGGAAGUGUUUCUUUGGAUACAAAGUCUACCCCACAUUAAAAAGCCCGGUGUUCGUGGUGCAGUGGCUGUUUGACGAGGCCCAGCUGACGGUCGACAACAUCCACCUGACGGGACAGCCCGUCCACGAGGGCCAGUGGAGGUACAUACAGAACCUGGGGCAGGAGCUGAGGAGCACGCUCCACGAUGUACCGGCGAUGUUUGCUCCGGCCUGUUUGUCUCAUGAGCUCAUCACCAGAACUUACUGGAUGGACAUUCAGGUGAAAGGCACCUCCCUGCCCAGAGCCCUUCACUGCUGGGACCGCAGCCUCCAAGACAACCUCCACAUCAACAGCAGCCACGGCAACCACAGUCACCAAAAGCACAAGACCCCACAAAUGAAGGGUUGUCCCCUACAUUUGAUUGACAGCUGCCCGUGGCCUCACUGUAACCCCUCCUGCCCGACGAUUCGCGACCAGCUGACGGGACAGGAGAUGAGCGUGAUCCAGUUCCUGAAGCACAUGGGCUUUGACGUGCAGAAGAUGGCUCAGCAGCAGGGGAUGGACCCCAGGAAGCUACUGGGCAUGCUCAAUAACGGGACCUGAGUCACAUUUUAGAGCAGUGUCGUUAAGUGGUUCUGCAGAGACGAGAAACGUGAAUGGACGACAAAGGCAACAUGGAAACAAAACUCUUAAUGAGAAAACUGUCACUUCAUCCAAACAACAAGCAAAACUAACUCAGCAUGUGACAAACUGACUGUCACUGACUCAAAUACAUACAGACAUAGAUAUACUAUCAUUGUGAGGUGUAUACAAAUAUAUAUAUAUAUAUGUAUGUAAACUUAGUUUUGAUGGGAAAGCACAUGACUGAAAACACCUCCUGGUUGGUUUUGUGGGGAGUUGGUGCUCUCUUCUGUCGACUCUAAAAAUCACAUUCAGAAAUCCAUCUACGGUGCUGCUGUUUCUACCCUCCACCAAAUAUGAUGCUGCUUUUUCUCUUUUUGGAAAAAUGAUUUAAUGGGUAAUAUUUACUAAUAAAAAGGUACAAAGUUUAUUACUCUUUUAUUUUUCUUCAGGCUAAUUAAAAGUGCUUGUAUAUUUAUUUUUCUACUGAAAAUAUCUUCUAUAUGUCUUAUAGUCACAUACAGUUAAUCAGUGUAACAAUGUCUCCAUUUACGUUUUUACUUGCAUGUCUGUAAAAAAAAAAGUUGUGUAUUAUUGAUUUGUGUAGUACAAAUCAUGUCCAUAUUGUUUUUGAGGCGGUUGAGUUUGUAUCAGAUACUUUCAUGUGCUGUAGUAGUGCCCACACUUUACAUAAGCACUAAUAAAUACAAAUACACACUGAUUUGAUAAAACAUAAUUUAAUUACAAAAGUCUGAAAACACACAUGUAGUUAUCACCUUAAUGAAAAAAAAACACAAGGUGUCAUUUACAGCACUAUCAUUCUUACAACAUCCAAAGUUUACC